UUGUGGACGUACAGAACUUAGGAAGUUCAACAUUUGAAAGGUGUUUAAGGUUCGUUGGAUACGCAUGCAAUUAAAAUUAUCACAUUAUUUUCUUUUUAAAAAAAACAAAAAAAACGAAAAGUUUCUCACCAUAUAGUUCACGGUCCCGGAGCAUCUAACAAGCGUGAACAUUACAGGUUCGGUGACCGUGACAAUUUCGGAGACAAAAGCGUUGCGAAACAGAGUUUCACAACAGUCACUUCCGAAGUCUUCUCAAAGAAAGUAUCACAAUCACAUUAUUACCCAAAGAUGACCUUCAAAUCAUUGUUGAACUUUGGGUCCUUCGGCCGAAAUCCGACACAAGCAGUGGAUCGUUAUCACAGUGGACCAAGUGACUAUGGACAUUACGAUCAUGGCUGGGGUCACGGGGGUCACAAAGGAAAGGGUGGCAGUGGCGGUGCUGCCUUAAGCGCGUUGACCUUACUUGCCUUUCUGUUUCUCAUAAACGUAAUGCAGCAAUCACUUGAUAGCAAUAAUGGAACAGCGACACCUGCCGUUGUGCGCGAAGGUGAUCAAAGUGCAGCACCUCGUGCCAGGGGUGACCAAGCUUCAACGAAUAUUGUCAUUAAUGAUUCAACACCGAGUAUCAAGUACGUUCCGAUAAAAACCAGUUUACAAGUCGUACAAAAUAAAAAUUAAGGAAGAGGAUACCCGUUUCCCGUAAUUCGAAGGAAGCGUGGAUUCUUGAUUUCACCGAAAUCUUUUAACUUCCUUCCGAUCUUGAAACAGGGAGAAGGUUGUUGCUUUACAAGUUAAUUAAAAAAUACUAAUCAAUACAACUGUGACAGUAAUUAAUCAAUAUACGAGAGAGCUUUGUUUUCCAACUCUGUAUACUUAAUCUUAAUUUGUUUAAAACUUUUAUUACAUAAAUGCAGUUACAGUUAUCGUAUAAAUAACAGAACUAUGUUUAAAAUGAUCUUGAUGAUGAUAAACUGUGAACGUGCAAAUUGUAUCAAGCUUCCUAUAUUUUCGUACAUACUGAAUAGAUGGAAUAGGUUUGCAAUCUAGAUACUUACAUACGUAUUUUAAAUGGAACUAUCAAAUGAUAACUUUAAUCACUGAUUGGUAAUUUUUAUUUGUUGCAUGAUCAACAACCCGGAGAAUCUUUUACAAAGAUUCAACGAUAAAAGUAAUAGCAGUUAGCAACGAUUUUAAAUCUUACAUAGAUCAAACUGUUGCGUCAAAUUUGUUAAAAUUUAGAGUGAAACUAAUUUGGGGUUUACGUUUUUACAUUUGUCACACAUUUAACCUAUUACGAAUUGAUCUACAUUGUACUCGAUGGGUGUAUCAGAUUAGGAAGACAGAGUAUUCCCGGAUUCCUUAUUUAUAAUAUUUAUAUUCAAACUUCGGAGGGUA